AUGUACCCUCCAGACCCAGUGAACCUGACGCCGAUCCCGCAUCUCAUCGACUCAUAUGUCUAUCACUCGGAGCCGUACCUCCCGGAAGCGUCCUCCUCGACUGCUGCUUCGGAAUCCACUUCGGCGGUACUCAAGGAGGAAGAUGGGUGGAUCAUGGGGAUAGAUGAAGCAGGGAGAGGACCGGUGAUAGGGCCGAUGGUGUACGCUGCUGCUUACUGCCCGAAAUCCUUCGUGCCGACAUUAGAAGCCAUGGGCUUUGACGACUCCAAAGCGCUCUCACCCGAAACCCGGCAGAACCUAUGGGACGCUUUCUCCCUCCAUCCUCCCCUCUGCUACUCCUCCGCCACCCUCUCCCCCCAGUCCAUAUCAGCCGGCAUGCUCCGACGUCAGCCUAUCAACCUCAAUCGGCAAGCCGAAGAAGCUACCAUCUCCCUCAUCCAGUCCGCACUGGACCGCCGGAUCCCCUUGGUCGAAUGCUACGUCGACGCCCUGGGCCCGGCACCGCAAUGGCAAGCACGACUAUCGGCCAUCUUCCCAUCUGUAAAGUUUACGGUGUGUGCCAAGGCCGACAGUCUGUUCAAAAUUGUGGGCGCAGGGAGUAUCAUCGCCAAAGUCACGAGGGACCGAUAUAUCGAGGGGUGGAGGGAUGUGGAGGAUAGUAAUGCGGGUGGGGAGGAUAUAAAGAUGGACGAGGAGGUGGUGAGGGGUAGUGGGUACCCCAGUGAUCCGAAAACACAGGCGUACCUCAAGGACAACGUGGAUCCGGUUUUUGGGUACAAGGGGGCGAUUAGGUUCUCUUGGGCGACGGUGAGGGUCAUCCUGGAGAAGCAGGGCGUAGAGUGCAGAUGGAUCGACGAUAGCGCUCAGCCAUCAGCUGCUUCAUACUUCGCCGCUGGAGCAGAUAAUGGACGGCCAAAAGUAUGGCGUGAUCUUGGCGUGUGGGGUGUUGGCGAGUUGUAA